AUGAUCCAGAUGGAUCUACGGCUGUCAGUACGGGCGCUGGCGCUUCUAAGCUUGCUGGCGCCCUCGUACGCUGAUGGCAACAUUGGUUGUUUGUUCAGCCCUACGUUGUGCAUUGAAGGCGUGGAGUGGUGUUACGAUGAUUACGCCUUUGGAAAGUGUAUUCCGAUCUACGAAAGUGACGUAGAGGAGGGGUCGCUGUUUCAGUAUGAUAUGGGUUCCGGGCAGCUGCAAUGGUUUGAAGGUGAACUGCAGCGCUUGGCAACCCAGGGCUACCGCUGGGAACAUGCGUACACGCAGUGCGUGCUACAGAGCAUGCUGUUUGCGCUGCGUCAACAACUUGACCCAGCAAACGUAAAUACAAAGUUAUGCGAGCACUUUGCUGACCCGAAAUUAAAUUCAGGGCCCGUCGACGGCGAUGAGGAUCUAGAGGAUGAACCAGAUGAAACAGCUUAUAUUCGAUUCACGCCAAACUCUCCAUUAGCGGAUUCGGACUAUGCAAAUGAAGUAUUUAGUCCGCCUCUGACGCCAGAUGAUGAGCCCAUUCCAUAUAUAUUGCAAGAAGUUCCUGAUAAUGAACUUGACAUCAAAAACGUACCCAACGAUAAACUGCGAGAUGUUUUACUAAUGAAAGAAGAAGAAUCUCCAGUUGUCCCCUUCGAAGGCUUCCGUGAAAGACUCAGGGCUGAAGCCAGAAUGGAAGACCCAGAAUUAGAUGCUGCAGAUUUUGCUGAAAAGGAGAAGAAAUCACUGCAACAGAAACUGGAGCCGAACCCUGAAACAAAUGAAUUUACUGAUGAACAACGUUUAGGAGCUCAUUUUAGGAAAUAUAAAACAAAACCCCCGCCGUACACGGCUGAGUAUUUAACCGGGAAUCGAUUUUUGGACGCCGAAGUCCACUCUAAUGCAUUGGAAAAAUAUAGACAGAGUUUUGCAGCUAAGCAGUUUCCCUUUGAGUAUGAAAAUCCAGGUGAUAUGCUUGACUCGCGGUUUCAUUCUAAUGAUGAUGGCUUUGAGGAUGAAUUCGUUGACACUGGUAGUGGAGAAAUGAGACCAUUUAAUCCUAAAGGAGGAAAUUCCAAAUCCAAAUAUGAUAAAAAUAACAUGGCAUAUUUAAUGAAUUACUGGCGUGAGAUAAUAGGGUCUAAGCUUAAGCCUCAAGGAGCCAUUGCCGCUGAGGGAGGACCCCUAGGACCUGAUGAACUUCAAGGUGAUAAUUCCAAAUUUUACCUAUCAGAAGACUUUCAAGACUUACUUGAUAGAGAAUUGGGAUUUAAGCGUAGGGAAAGAGAUGAUGUUAAAAAGCCCGGGCCACGUCUGGACGCGAAAGCUUUAAAGUUUUUGUACAACAAUACGGGUAAACCAGUGACAGACCACGAAACGGCAAGUGGAAAAAAUCUUGACCACAACCACAGUGAUUAUGAGUACGAUCCUUCCUACGCCUUCGUAAAGUUUAAGACCAGAUUCCUUACAAACUGGGAAAAAGGCAUCUCUUUCAUUGCGAGACUAGAAGAAAUACUCGGUUUAGAUAAAGACACUUUUACUAAUCCACGGGUCGAUCCAACCGAAGUAACGUUCAAAGUAGAGACUAAUAAUAGAGGUUGGGACGCAGAAGAAGUCGCUAGACAGAUUGGGGCUGUCAAAGACAAAAUCGGCAAAGAAACGGGAGCGCAAAUCGUUGCAAGUGGAAUCGGAGACAGGACUCAAUACCAUGUUAUGCGGCAUGAUGUUGCCCGCGAACCGCAGUACUUCGGUCUGGAGAUGCCAGUGCUUCUGGCGUUAGUUGGAAGCUUAGCUGUUCUUAUCGUUGGGAUCGUGGUGUUUGCUAUUCUGCUAAAACGGGACAUGAGUUCGAAGAGGAAGAUGCAAGGGCUGUCUUCAGCCGCCGAGAUAGACGCUGAAGCUACGAGAGAUUAUCAGGAGUUGUGCCGCGCACGUAUGUCCGGAAAAAUGUCUGGACAGCAAACUGCGCCCGCGCCGCACCCGACAGACGCACCACAACGCAUCACAUCACUUUCGCGGGAGCCAGAUGGAAACUCGCCUUCCACACGCUCCAGCACCUCAUCAUGGAGCGAAGAGCCAGCGCUGACAAAUAUGGACAUUUCAACUGGUCACAUGGUUUUGGCCUACAUGGAAGAUCACUUACGCAACAAGGACCGGCUCGAGCAAGAAUGGAAAGCGUUGGUGGCCUAUGAAGCUGAACCGAACACGACCACUGCAGCUGUUAAACCAGACAACACUGGGAAGAAUCGUUACAUGCACUGCCUUCCUUAUGACCACUCCAGGGUCACUCUGAAUCCUCUGUCUAACCACCUUGGUUCGGACUAUAUCAACGCAUCGACCAUAACUGACCACGACCCUCGCAACCCAGCAUACAUAGCAGCAUCGGGUCCCAUGCCCCACACGUCCUCCGACUUCUGGCAAAUGGUUUGGGAACAGGGGAGCGUAGUCAUGGUGAUGCUGACCCGGCUGACUGAGAACGGGCAACAACUAUGCCACCGAUACUGGCCUGAAGAAGGUUCCGAGCUGUACCAUAUCUACGAGGUUCACCUAGUCAGCGAGCAUAUCUGGUGUGAUGACUACCUGGUGCGUAGUUUCUACCUGAAAAACCAGCGUACCAGCGAAACUCGUACCGUAACCCAAUUCCACUUCCUAUCGUGGCCUGAGAAUGGUGUACCAUCAUCUACGAAGGCUUUGCUGGAAUUCAGGAGGAAAGUGAACAAGUCCUACAGAGGAAGGUCCUGCCCAAUUGUCGUGCACUGCAGCGAUGGUGCUGGUCGAACAGGCACCUACUGCCUUAUCGACAUGGUCUUAAACCGAAUGGCGAAAGGCGCUAAAGAAAUAGAUAUAGCCGCAACUCUGGAACACAUCCGCGACCAGCGCCCUCACACGGUCGCUACCAAACCUCAAUUCGAGUUUGUGUUGAUGGCCGUCGCUGAAGAGGUACAUGCGAUCCUAAAAGCUCUACCAGCGCAUUUGCAACAACUACAAGAGAAAAAAGAAAAGGAGAAAGAAAAAGACAAAGACGGCUCUGAAAAGGAAAAACACAAUUGA